CAGGCCUGCACCCCAUCACCCUGUGCUUUGCAGACGCUGCGCGGGGGCCCCGACGCCUGAUGAGCGUGGGCCUUGCGCUGAUCUUGGUGGGCCACGUGAACCUGCUGCUGGGGGCCGUGCUGCACGGCACCGUCCUGAGGCACGUGGCCAACCCCCGAGGCGCUGUCACACCGGAGUACACCACGGCCAAUGUCAUCUCCGUUGGCUCGGGGCUGCUGAGUGUUUCCGUGGGCCUUGUGGCCCUCCUGGCAUCCAGGAACCUUCUUCGCCCACCACUGCACUGGGCCCUACUGGCACUAGCUCUGGUGAACCUACUCUUGUCCACUGCCUGCUCUCUGGGCCUUCUCCUUGCUGUGUCGCUCACUGUGGCCAACGGUGGCCGCCGUCUUAUCGCUGACUGCCACCCAGGACUGCUGGAUCCUUUGGUACCACUGGACCAGGGGCCUGGACACACUGACUGCUCCUUUGAUCCGACAAGAAUCUAUGAAACAGCCUUGGCUCUCUGGAUCCCUUCUUUGCUCAUGUCCGCAGGGGAGGCUGCUCUGUCUGGUUACUGUUGUGUGGCUGCACUCACCCUACGUGGAGUUGGGCCCUGCAGGAAGGAAGGGCUUCAGGGACAGCUGGAGGAACUGCUAGAACUUGAACCUCCUAAAUGUAAAAAGCAGGAAAAUGAGCAGCUACUAGAUCAAAAUCGAGAAAUCCAAGUACAACAGAAAAGUUGGGUUUAAAACAGGUAAUGGGGUCAGGAGGGUGGUGGCCUGGGUAACAGUGGAGGCAGGGAAGUGCUCUUAAAGCUGGGUAUAGGCUAGGGGCUGCGCCUGUGGCUCA